AGCGCGCCCCCGGGGCUGCAGGCCCCGCCCCCCGACGACGUGGACUACGCCACCAACCCGCACGUGAAGCCUCCCUACUCGUAUGCCACGCUCAUCUGCAUGGCCAUGCAGGCCAGCAAGGCCACCAAGAUCACCCUGUCGGCCAUCUACAAGUGGAUCACGGACAACUUCUGCUACUUCCGCCACGCAGAUCCCACCUGGCAGAAUUCAAUCCGCCACAAUCUGUCUCUGAACAAGUGCUUCAUCAAAGUGCCUCGGGAGAAGGACGAACCAGGCAAGGGCGGCUUCUGGCGCAUCGACCCCCAGUACGCGGAGCGGCUGCUGAGCGGGGCUUUCAAGAAGCGGCGGCUGCCCCCUGUCCACAUCCACCCAGCCUUUGCCCGCCAGGCUGCGCAGGAGCCCAGCGCUGUCCCCCGGGCCGGGCUGCUGACGGUGAACACCGAGGCCCAGCAGCUACUGCGGGAGUUCGAGGAGGCCACCGGGGAGGCAGGCUGGGGUGCAGGCGAGGGCAGGCUGGGGCAUAAGCGCAAACAGCCGCUGCCCAAGCGGGUAGCCAAGGUCCCGCGGCCCCCCAGCACCCUGCUGCCCACCCCAGAGGAGCAGGGUGAGCUGGAACCCCUCAAAGGCAACUUUGACUGGGAGGCCAUCUUCGACACCGGCACUCUGGGCGGGGAGCUGGGUGCGCUGGAGGCCCUGGAGCUGAGCCCACCUCUGAGCCCCGCCUCACACGUGGACGUGGACCUCACCAUCCACGGUCGCCACAUCGACUGCCCCGCCACCUGGGGGCCUUCGGUGGAGCAGGCUGCCGACAGCCUGGACUUCGACGAGACCUUCCUGGCCACAUCCUUCCUGCAGCACCCCUGGGACGAGAGCGGCAGUGGCUGCCUGCCCCCGGAGCCCCUCUUUGAGGCCGGGGACGCCACCCUGGCCUCCGACCUGCAGGACUGGGCCAGCGUGGGGGCCUUCUUGUAAGAGGCCAGGCCCUGCCCCACCUCUGGACAGUGCCCAAGUCAGGGCCUAGAACUACUCCCCAACACAGGUCCACAGACACCCCACCACCCAGGCAGGGGCUGGGCCAGGGCUCCAAGGCUGGCCCCACAAGGCCACAUGGCCACCAGCCCCAGCUGCCAUCAGAUUCAAGCCCAGGAGGCUGAGAACGAGGGCCCAGGACCAGAAUCGCUGCCUCCUCUCCCCAGCCCCCCUUGUACACACAGUGUUUCAUUGCUCCGCGUCUUCCCAGCCCCAGAAACCAGCUAAAGGGCCCUUCGCCGUGAGAGCCUAGGCCUGGAGGGGCCCAGGUCAGGCUGGGGAGGAACAGAACCGGGCCCUCCCAGAGCACCUCCGCUUCCCCGCUGCUUCCCCAGGUCUCUAUCCAGAGAGAAUCCCCCGGUACCACAAAUGCUAGUUAGAUGACAGCAAAUUAACCCCCUGGAGGCUUCUCCCUGCAGAGCCUCCCUGGGGCCGGGGGCAGGCAGUGGAUGGGGCAGAGCUGAGCAGAAUAUGGACUGGGGGAGGGGGCAGAGAGAGGAGAUCAAAAUGAGGUGGGGGCACAGGGUUGGGCAAGGAGAUCCUCUGUAAGGCCUCUGGGAUCUUUGCCUGGCCCC